GUUUCGCGCACAAAACAACCGAAUCGGACAGGGAUAAAACUGACAAAUGGCGGACGAAGAAGUUCAGGCCCUGGUUGUGGACAAUGGUUCGGGAAUGUGCAAAGCUGGUUUCGCUGGUGACGAUGCGCCUCGUGCUGUCUUCCCCUCAAUUGUUGGACGUCCACGUCACCAAGGUGUGAUGGUCGGUAUGGGACAAAAGGAUAGCUACGUUGGUGAUGAAGCCCAGUCCAAACGAGGUAUCCUCACCCUCAAAUACCCAAUCGAACACGGCAUCGUGACCAACUGGGAUGAUAUGGAGAAGAUCUGGCAUCACACUUUCUACAAUGAGUUGCGAGUCGCGCCCGAGGAACACCCCGUUCUGCUCACCGAAGCCCCGUUGAAUCCGAAGGCCAACCGAGAGAAGAUGACACAGAUCAUGUUCGAAACAUUCAACUCACCAGCCAUGUAUGUGGGCAUCCAGGCUGUGCUGUCCCUGUACGCGUCGGGUCGUACGACCGGUAUCGUGCUGGACUCUGGUGACGGUGUCACACACGCAGUCCCAAUCUAUGAGGGUUACGCGCUUCCUCACGCCAUCCUCCGUCUCGAUCUGGCUGGUCGUGAUCUGACUGACUACCUGAUGAAAAUCCUGACCGAGCGUGGUUACAGUUUCACGACAACGGCCGAGCGAGAAAUCGUGCGUGAUAUCAAGGAGAAAGUUGUGCUAGUGGCUCUGGACUUCGAGCAGGAGAUGGCGACCGCGGCAUCGAGCUCCUCACUGGAGAAGAGCUACGAACUGCCUGAUGGGUAG